AUGCCUAACCUCCAAGCCGUCAUCAAAGAGGCUCUGCGUGUUCAUCCGGCCGUAGGAUUGCUAACGGAACGGGUUGUGCCUGAAGGCGGAGCUAGUAUUGCUGGAAGAUUCUUUCCUGGGGGGUCUGUCGUUGGCAUCAAUGCCUGGGUCCAGCACAGGAACCAAACAUUGUUCGAAGAUGAUGCUGACUACUUUCGCCCCGAUCGAUGGUUAAUCAAUGACGACAACAAGAUUUCCGUCAUGAACCGAAAUUGGAUACCCGUAAAAAUACAUCCAUUCUGGAAAUAUCGAAGCUCAUCCCUAGAAUUUUUCGCGACUUUGACUUCAGGCUUUGCGGCCCUGCUGGAGCACCAGGCGGAUCGUGAAAAGCUCGUACCUUUUGGUUUUUGA